AAAAAAUAUAAGUAUGUCAAAAGAAAAUGAAAUCUGUAAGGGUGCAAAUACUGCUACAAAUAAAUGCUUCUCAUUUCCUUAUUCCUUUCCAUUAAUUAUUUUAAUGUGCAAGGAAGUCAGCUGAUGAUCAAUGUCUGCAUUAUUUUUUUGACAGUCUUACCUCAAAUCGGAAUGUAGCCAAACAUGUUAUAAAAGCUAUAAAAACCCUUGCUUAGGGCACUGACAGGCAGACGCUUUGAUUUGAUUUUUUUGUCAGAGAGCACAGGGCUAAUAUUUUUUAAUACAGGAUAUUUUACUCUUUCAACAUAUUGAUUUAGGGUAAUUUAAAAUCAUGCUCCAGAUCCUCAAUAGCGUUCUGCUUUUGUUUGUGCUUUGCUCUGGACUGCAGGUCAGAGCCCUGCCAGUAGAACAGAGUGUGAACAAGACACGGACCGUCGACAGGCCUUAUGUCGGGAUAAUCACUGUGGGCAAUGGGCAGAGGUGGGGCAGUUGGGGCAUUCGAGAGAUGUGUCCUUUGGGGACCUACGCAACUGGUUUCAGUCUCAGAGUUGAGAGCAAUCAGGGAGUUCAGCGUGAUGAUACUGCCCUGAAUGGAAUCGCUCUUCGCUGUACUGCACCUCGCACAGCAUCUUCUUCAAUCAUCAACUAUUCAACAGCGCAGUCCAACUCAGGAAGCUGGGGCCAAUGGACACAAAACAAGUGGUGCACAUCUGGACAAAUGGUAGCUUUUCAGCUGCGUGUGGAGCCGUACAAGGGUGUGUGGUCUGAUGACACUGCUGCCAACAACAUAAGGUUCAAAUGCAGUGGAGGUGACGUGCUGGAAGGUAAUGGCAUGAGCUGGGGGAGCUGGGGUUCCUGGAGCUCAAACUGUGCUGGAAGGGGGAUCUGCGGCAUUGAAACCAAGGUGGAGGCUCCUCAGGGGCCACGGGAUGACACUGCUCUGAAUGAUGUCCGCUUGUAUUGCUGCAAUUAAAGCUAUCUGCGCUGAUUCAGGAAGAGGAGCUGAUAAUGUCAUGACCCAGGCUCCACCCUCACCCACUCGACAGCGCUCUGCCUCACCAGAUUUCUAAUCACCGUUUCCUUUCCUCUCAUUUGAAUCCACUUUGCCUAGAUUUUUAAGAAUCACAAAGCCUGUCAUAAUUAAAUUACUGAUUUAUCCCACAAUAAAUGGACAUGACCUCAAUAA